UGUCAGCAGGUAAAGCAGGCUGCGGGGGCGGGGCCGUCGCUUGCAGUGAGUGCACUGUGUAGCCAGCCCCCUCGGCAGGACGAUGUUUGGGUGCAGUAGGAGGCUGUGGUGCGCACUGUCCUUCCUGGGAGCUGCGGCUGGCUGCAGAGUGGGAUUUUCCUAUUUAGGGACCAGCUCCGUCAGCAAGCAGCUGGAGUCCGAUUUCCGAAAGGCCAAGCUGGUCGUUCAGUCCAACAUGAGGAUUGAGCUGCUUCCUGCCCUGACGGACAACUACAUGUACCUCCUGAUCGACGAGGAGACCAAGGAGGCCGCCAUUGUGGACCCCGUACAGCCGCAAAAGGUUGUUGAAGCGGUCAAGAAACAUGGAGUGAAACUGACGUCUGUCCUCACCACACACCAUCACUGGGACCAUGCAGGAGGCAAUGAGAAACUUGUCAAAAUGGUUUCUGGGUUAAAAGUCUACGGAGGAGACAGCAGGGUGGGAGCAUUAACCCAGAGGGUUUCCCAUCUGACAACAUUUCAGGUGGGGUCCCUUCACGUCAAGUGUCUUUUCACCCCCUGUCACACUUCUGGUCACAUCUGCUACUACGUGACGAAGCCCAACAGCUCCGAGCCGCCGGCAGUGUUCACAGGUGACACUCUCUUCGUGGCCGGCUGUGGCAAGUUCUUUGAAGGGACAGCAGAAGAAAUGUACCGGGCCCUGAUUGAGAUAUUGGGGCGGCUUCCUCCAGAGACAAGAGUCUACUGUGGACACGAAUACACAAUCAACAACCUUAAGUUUGCCCGCCAUGUGGAGCCCAACAAUGAGGCCAUCAAACAGAAGCUAGCCUGGGCUAAGGAAACGUACAAUAACGGAGAACCCACCAUCCCCUCCACGCUGGCUGAAGAGUUUACAUUUAACCCUUUCAUGAGAGUCAGGGAGAAGUCAGUGCAGCAGCACGCAGGGAAAGACGACCCAAUCUCCACCAUGGGCGCAAUCCGCAAAGAGAAAGACAAUUUUAAGAGAUCAUCAUCCCGGCUGUAGCUGGAGGACACAGAGGCGACCGGAGGAUCCCAAACCAAUACACUGCUAGGAAAAUAAAGAAACCCCGAACCUAAGGUGGCAGAGACAUGACACAUUUCAGGAUCAGACCUCUUCAUCUGGUGCUUCACGUCGUCUCCCUGCAAAUGGCGCUAUUGCAAAAUGACCCAGUGAUCUCCACGUGUUACCCCUUGUGUGUACAUAGCUCCUGUAUUGCCUGAUAAUAAAUAUGUGGUAAUUAGAAAAAA